CAUUGACAGGGUGGAAAGGAGAAACCGAAUUGAAAGACUUACAGUGAAUAUCAUAUCAUACCCAAAGACCACGUUCGUGAUCACCACCUUCCAUCCUUUAACUGUAAACAAAAACUGACUGUGAAAUUUACCAGGGAGCUGCAUUUAUCGACCAACUCCAAUAGUAUAAGGUCCGCAAAGAACAACAUGUACACUGCCUUUGGAAGCUUGAUAUCUAUUUCCUAUCUAGCUCUUGUCACUCGAUCAUUCUCGCCUAUUGCCAAUCCGAGAGCGGUCGGCUCAUCUGCAGUCUACUACCAGCAUCAGACAGAAAAGAUAUCCAUGGACCAUGCUCAUGCAAGAACGGAAUGGGUCGUGCGCCCAGCCACCCUGGACGACGCCAACGCUACCGCGAGACUGUUAAAAGAGUCCUAUUCGAGUCUUCUCAUCAGAGACUAUGACCCAGAGACUCUUGCCAAGGCGCUACCAUUGAUUACCAGUCCACGACCGGAACUGUUGACCUGCGGCACCUGGUAUGUUGUUCAGCACCCAGCACACGGGCGAAUCGUCGGCUGUGGCGGCUGGACGAAACGGACUCCGGCCCCAGAAACGAACGCGGCUGAAGAUACUCAAGGUAACGAAGGCCAGUCAGCUGCUUACGAACGCACGCUUCCUCUUCCACACAUUCGGCAUUUUGCUACGGAUCCUCUCUUUCUGCGACAGGGCGUAGCCCGCGCCGUAUGGGACAGGAUAUGGCAGGAUCUUUCCAACGAUUUAGGCCCUGAUGUUGUGGUGGAGGUUUUAAGUACGCUGACUGGCGAAGUCUUCUACAAAUCAUUGGGAUUUUCAUCAAUCAACCGAACGGAAGUAUCACUGGGACCAGAUUGCCUCUUUCCUAUUGUUGUGAUGAGACGACAUCCUAUGUAA